UCCUCCAGUCAGCGCCGCCGGCUCGGACCAUCGAGUCAGUCCUCCAGCGUCCCAGAGAGGGCGCGGAAGUGCCCCAGGGCUGGCGCGGGUUCUUCCGGCGGUGCGGUCCGCGCUUUUGUCCCGCCGGCGGCCGGGCUCCCGCGGCGCCGCCACAGAGAUGUCACAUUUGAAGACGGGCACUGAGGAUGAGGAACCAACUGAAGAAUAUGAAAAUGUUGGAAAUGCAGGCUGUAAGUGGCCAAAAGUGGAAGGUCUUUACAAGGGUCGUAUGCCCGAAUCUAAGGUUGGUGACACAUGUGAUUGGGAUAGCAAGGUAGAGAAACAACAGAAAAAGCCUGUGGGAAGCAGGAUAAAGGAAGACAGAAGCAGCAUCAGGGAAGCGAUCAGCAAAGUUAAGAGUACAGCAAAUAUAAAAACAGAACAGGAAGGUGAGGCAUCUGAGAAGAGCUCACAUCUAAGCCCACAGCAUAUCACACACCAGACUAUGCCUAUAGGACAGAGAGGCAGUGAGCAAGACAAAUGUGUGGAAAACAUUAAUGGAACCUCCCACCCCAGUCUACAGCAGAAAACCAGUGCUAUUAAGAAAUUACAUAAAUGUGAUGAGUGUGGGAAAUCCUUCAAAUAUAAUUCCCGCCUCAUUCAACAUAAAAUUAUGCACACUGGGGAAAAGCGUUAUGAAUGUGAUGACUGUGGAGGGACUUUCCGGAGCAGCUCGAGCCUUCGGGUCCACAAACGGAUCCACACUGGGGAAAAGCCGUACAAGUGUGAGGAAUGUGGGAAAGCCUACAUGUCCUACUCCAGCCUUAUAAACCACAAAAGCACCCAUUCUGGGGAGAAGAACUGUAAGUGUGAUGAAUGUGGAAAAUCAUUCAAUUAUAGCUCUGUUCUGGACCAGCAUAAAAGGAUCCACACUGGGGAGAAGCCCUAUGAAUGCGGUGAGUGUGGGAAGGCCUUCAGGAACAGCUCUGGGCUCAGAGUCCACAAAAGGAUCCACACAGGGGAGAAGCCCUACGAAUGUGACAUCUGUGGGAAAACCUUCAGUAACAGCUCUGGCCUUAGGGUCCACAAAAGGAUCCACACGGGUGAGAAACCUUAUGAAUGUGAUGAGUGUGGGAAGGCCUUCAUUACUUGUAGAACACUUCUCAACCAUAAAAGCAUCCACUUUGGAGAUAAACCCUAUAAAUGUGAUGAGUGUGAGAAAUCUUUUAAUUAUAGCUCUCUACUCAUUCAGCAUAAAGUCAUCCACACUGGAGAGAAACCUUAUGAAUGUGAUGAAUGUGGGAAGGCUUUCAGGAACAGCUCAGGCCUCAUAGUACAUAAAAGGAUUCACACUGGAGAGAAACCUUACAAAUGUGAUGUCUGCGGCAAAGCAUUCAGCUAUAGUUCAGGACUCGCAGUCCAUAAAAGCAUUCACCCUGGGAAGAAAGCCCAUGAAUGUAAGGAGUGUGGAAAAUCCUUUAGUUAUAACUCACUUCUUCUUCAACAUAGAACUAUUCACACUGGAGAGAGACCUUAUGUAUGUGAUGUGUGUGGGAAAACAUUCAGAAACAAUGCAGGCCUCAAAGUCCACAGGAGGCUUCAUACUGGGGAAAAACCAUAUAAAUGUGAUGUGUGUGGGAAGGCCUAUAUCUCACGUUCUAGCCUUAAAAAUCACAAAGGAAUCCAUCUUGGGGAGAAGCCCUAUAAAUGUACCUAUUGUGAGAAAUCCUUCAACUACAGCUCUGCCCUUGAGCAGCAUAAAAGGAUUCAUACCAGGGAAAAACCCUUUGGGUGUGAUGAGUGUGGAAAAGCUUUCAGAAAUAAUUCCGGCCUUAAAGUACAUAAACGGAUCCACACUGGGGAACGACCUUAUAAAUGUGAAGAAUGUGGGAAGGCAUACAUCUCUCUCUCGAGCCUUAUAAAUCAUAAAAGUGUACACCCUGGGGAGAAGCCCUUUAAGUGUGAUGAGUGUGAGAAAGCCUUCAUCACAUACCGAACCCUUAUAAACCACAAAAAAGUUCAUCUUGGGGAGAAGCCCUACAAAUGUGAUGUGUGUGAGAAAUCUUUUAAUUACACAUCACUUCUUUCUCAGCACAGAAGGGUCCACACUAGAGAGAAACCCUAUGAAUGUGACAGGUGUGAGAAGGUCUUCAGAAACAACUCAAGCCUUAAAGUUCAUAAAAGAAUCCAUACUGGGGAGAAGCCCUAUGGAUGUGAUGUGUGUGGAAAAGCCUACAUCUCACAUUCAAGCCUUAUUAACCAUAAAAGUACCCACCCUGGCAAGACACCCCAUACAUGUAAUGAAUGUGGAAAAGCUUUUUUCUCAAGCAGAACUCUUACAAGCCAUAAAAGAGUCCAUCUUGGGGAGAAACCCUUCAAGUGUGUUGAGUGUGGGAAAUCUUUCAGUUACAGCUCUCUGCUUUCUCAGCACAAGAGGAUCCACACAGGGGAGAAACCCUAUGUGUGUGAUAGAUGUGGGAAGGCCUUCAGGAACAGCUCAGGCCUCACAGUGCAUAAAAGGAUCCACACAGGAGAGCUCCCGUACUCGAGCUCCAACUAAACCUAAUGCACUGCCUACUUUUGGGGAAGAUGCAGGCUAAAUAACAAAGGAGAGGAUGGCCACAGCUCAGGUGGGGAUUCUGAGUGCCUCAGUUCCCCAAGCGCCAGACAUGGCUCCUACUACGGCCCCCAUCUACUUGCAUGCUCCAGAAAUGGACCCAAGUCCUCGAGUGUACCUACAGCCAGAUACAAGCCAUUCAGGCGGAUUCCAGACAUGGUGAGGUCUCCAUUAUAGCACAGACCCAAUGAACUGGUGUGGCUGAGCCUGCUCAGACCAGGGAUGGAAGGUCGUUUAGGGACUACCCCCCAACCCCUUCCAGAGAAUGAUAUGUAAUUGGGAAAAAUAAAGAGGGGAAGGGAAAAGCAGGGAAGAGAAAAAAGAAAAGCCUGAAUAAACAAUGAGUAUGUAGUAGCCUUCCGUAGGAGUGCACAUCUCUCUGUAUUAGCAAAUUUGUCUGAAGGUGAAAGCCUGGAAAAUAAUUUCAUGUUUCAUGUAUGGAGACGGUGUGAAACAGUGCUGAACGCCAAUCCUGCAAUGCAGGGACAUUUUCCUUCACGGGAUUCAAAAACGAGAGGAUCACCACCAGGACAACACCUGAAGACCUGUUAGCUGAAGAUAGAUGUUGGGGAUCUGAAGUCUGUCUGCAUCAAGACCUUGAGGAAUUGGCUCAGCUGUACCCAGGGGAGUCCCUGGACUGGGAAGACCCUCCAUUUCUCUUCUCCAGUUUCAGCUAAGGGCCUUGGCCUAGAGACAUGGAGAAGGAAGUAGAAUACACUACUUCAAUUGUAUUCCUACUGAGGAGCCAUUCUUGCUUAGACCUGACAGUUCUCAGGCCCUAGUUAGUGCCAUUGUGCUAAGGAAGUCGUUUGCAUGAAACCUAUGUAGAGGCAGUGAAAUACAGUGGCUGAGGGUGUGGUGUCUCUGCCAGGAAGCCUGGAUUCAAAUAAGGACUCUCACUUAUUUCCAGAUGACUUUAGUCAAGUAAUUAAACCUUGUCUUAUUCUUGUUUGUCUUCAUGUCUUUUUUUUUUUUUUUUUUUUUGAAACAGGGUCUCGCUUUGUCACCCUGGCUGGAGUGCAGUGUGAUCUCAGCUCACUGCAACCUCUGCCUCCUGGGCUCAAGCGUUCCUUGUGCCUCAGCUUCCAGAGUAGCUGGUAUUACAGGCAUGCGCCACCAUGCCAAGCUAAUUUUGGUCUUUUUACUAGAGACAGGAUUUCACCAUUGUUGACUAGGCGGGUCUUGAACUCUUGGCAUCAAUUAAUCUGCCCAGCCUAGGACUCCCAAAGUGCUGAGAUUGCAGGCCUGAGCCAUCACAGGCCACCACAUUGGGCCCUUACCUAUCUUUUGUAAAGAUAGUAGUGGCAACCUCAUAGGUAAUGAGGGUUGGAAACAUUAAUAUUAUUAAGGCCCUUAAAAGACUGCCUAAAAUAAGAAGUAUUUGCAUAAGAAUGUAUGGAGUAAGUCUGGUGAGUAAAUGUGGCCCUGUCUAAGGACUCAGCAUCUAGAUUCUUGGGCAGUGGAGGACAACUCUUACCUGAAAGACAAGAAACUCCCUCAGGGCCACCCCCUACUCAGACAAAACUUGAUACGUGAGAAAAGUGUUUUUUUUGUAUGUUCCUGAGUGGUAUCUUGCUUCUAAGUAAGCAAUCCAUUGUCUCUAAACAAACUUGUUUUGUCUUUGUUAGGCUACAAAAGGGCUCAGCGGGGGGAACCUCCAGCCGAGGCCAGUUACCACAGGUGUUAGGGGACAAGGGCUGCCUCAUGCUUGCUUUCUGUCUGGCUUGGGCAGCCCGCUCACUCACGUGGUACACAUUUUGUUUCCCCUGUGUUUUCCCAGCAAUACUCAGAUGUACUGGAGAUUACUGUAGGAAGUGUUGUUCCACUGUGUUAACCAUGGCUAUUUCUGGUGAGUGUCUCUUAAGAUCUCAAAGGAUAAGCAGUGUAUUGCUUCUGGGUCUUUUGGCUAAGAUCAAGUGUAGGAUAAGCAGUGAUCCUGGGUUGGGCAGGGCAAAGACCAACAAGAGAGGAGCAGGCAAAGUUCCUCUGGUCUUGGGUGCAAACUGUAGGGCCAUGUUCCGUUCAAUGCAAUAAUAUGAAUUUAUUUCCUCUUCUAUCAUUUUCCCAUCUAUAAAAUGAGGGAAAAGACCUAUUUACAAGAUUACUUUAAGGCUUAAUAAAAAUGCUCUGUAUUUUAUAAAAAUUUGUAUAAACUUUGUUAAAUUGACUUAUCUUUUUAAAAGUUAAAGGAAGGAAAUAGAAAAGAGAGCAAAAGUUGUUGAAAUAGGAAACAAUAAAGAAGACCAACAAAGUGAAGGUUGGUACUUUGAAAAGACUGAAAAUUGAUAAACUCUGAUGUGAUUGAAAAAUAAAAAAAAAAACUACAAAUAAAGGUAGGAAUGAAAAUUGGGGAAUCACAACAGAUAACAUGGGUUAUUUAGAAGUGUAUUUUUUGACUUCCAAACAUGGAAACUUCCUAGUUAUAUUUUUGUUAUUGUGAUCAUAAAACACACUCUGUAUUACUGCUAUCCUUUGAAAUGUCUUGAGAUUUGCUUCAUGGCCCAGCAUAUGUUUGACCUUAGCGAAGGUUCAUGGGCCCUUGAAAAGAAUGCAUGUUCUACAGAUGCUGCAUGCAGUCAUCUACAUAAAGCCUUUAGUUUAUUUGUAAUACAUUGUUCAUAUUGUCUCCACUCUUAAUUUUUAUUUGCUUGUCUAAUGAGUCAAUUGUUGAGUUAUUUAUCUCUACUUAGAUAUAGUUCUAUGAAUUUUGCUUUAUAUAUUUGAGGCUACACAAAUAUAAAAUUCUUGUAUGAAUUGAAAUUUUAUGAAGUAAACCUCUAUCUCCAGUAAUGCCUUUUGCUAAAUGACUCUUGUUUUCUGGUAUUAAUAACAUUGGCUUUUUUUUGUUGUUGUUAUUGUUAUAUGGCACUUCUUUUACUUUCAACCUUCUUGUAUUUUUAUGUUUUAGAUGUACCUCUUGGAAAUAGCAUAUAGUUGUUGCUUUAAUCCAGUCUGAAAACAUGUUUUAACAGGGUUAUUUAGCUCUUUAAUGUAUAGUUACUGAUAAGUUUGUAUUUAAAUCUUAUUCACUGCUUUCCAUUUACUCUACCCCAUCUGAGUUGUGUUAUCUCUUCUCUUACCUUCAUUUGGAUUGGAUUAGAAUGAUUCUAUUUAUACUCUAUUAUUCUGUUUUUCCAUCUUUUUGGUUGGAAGUUAUAUACUUUUUCUCUUCUUUUAGAGGCCUAGGAAAUAAAAGAUAGAUUCUUGACUUAAGCCUAAUAUUAAUUGAUACUUUUAUCUUCAUCCUAGGCAAUGCAAGAUUCUUAGAAUACUUCAGUUUCCUUUACCUUCCAUCCUGUAUGCUUUUGUUUUGGUUAAUUUUAAUUAUGUACAUAUAAAUGUACCUAGAUAUGUAUUAAAAUAUGUUACUGUUGUUUCCUAUACAAAUGUUUAUUUUAGAUUUAUCUACGUAUUUACUAUUUUAAUUACUUUUCAUUUCUUUUUUGGUUUUUUUGUUUUGUUUUGUUUUUAGAGACAGAUUCUUGCUCUGUCACGCAGGCUGGACUGCAGUGGCAAAAUCUUGGCUUACUGUAGCGUCCACCUCCCAGGUUCAAGCAGUUCUACCUCAGCCUCCCAAGUAGCUGGGACUACAGGCGUGCACCACCACGUGCAGCUAAUUGUUUUAUUUUUAGUAGAGAUGGGGUUUCACUGUGUUGGCCAGGCUGGUCUCGAACUCCUGACCUCAUAUAAUCCACCUGCCUGGGCCUCCUAAAGUGCUGGGAUUACAGGCAUGAGCCACCCUGCCCAGCUUUUUCAUUUUCUUUCAUUCUUCUCCACCUCUGCAAUUUUUUAUUUGGGGACAUCUUCCUUCUCUAAAAAACAUUCUAUAGAACACUCUGUCCUGUUAGAGGCAAUUUUUAUUUGCUUAAAAAUAGCUUCAUUCUUAAAAGAGAUUUUUGGUGGGAAUAGAAUUCUAGGUUAGACCCUGUGUUCUUUUGUCACAUUGGAUGCAUUAAGCCACUGAUCUGUGCUGAUCUGUUCAUCUGCCAGUUUAAUGUAUUCUUUUUAAAAUAGCUUCUUUUAAGAUUUUUUAAAACUCUGGUUUAUUCCAGUUUCACUGUGUUUCAUUUGGUUGUGGAUUUUUUUUUUUUUUUUUUAAGUAAUCCUGUUUUGUAUUCUCUGGGCUUUUAAAUUUGUGUAUCUGUCUUUCAUCAGUUUUGGUAAAUUCUCAGCCAUCGUGUGCUCAGAUAUUAGCUCUAUACCAUUCUUUUUUUCAUUUCCUUCUAGAACUCCAAAUAAAGCCUUCUCACUGUAUCUCCUGUGCUUCUUACAUGCUCAUUUCCAUCCUUUUGUCCCCUUCUCCUUGCCCAGGCUUCAUUCCGGAUCUAAUUUACCUUCCAGUUCACUAAAUUUUUUCUUUAGCUCUGUAAUCUGGCUUAAAUGUACCCAUUGAGUGCUCAGUUAAGUUUUUCUAUUUUUCAGUUACAGACUUUCCAUUUGCUUCCUUUUUUCUGGAGACACAGUAUCACUGUUGCCCAGGCUAGAGUACAGUGGCAAAAUCUCUCACAGCAACCUCCGCCUUCCAGGUUCAAGUGGUUCUCAUGCCUCAGCCUCCCAAGUAGCUGGGAUUACAGGUAUGCACCACCACACCUGACCAGUUUUUGUAUUUUUAGUAGACAGGAGUUUUGCCAUGUUGGCCAGGCUGGUCUUGAACUCCUGACCUCAAGUGCUCUGCCCGGCUCAGCUUCCCAAAGCUCUGGAUUACAGCAUGAGCCACCGCACCGGGCCUUCUUUCUUUUUCAUGGUAUGCCAGAUUCUCAAAUGUAACCUUAUUUUCCUUGAACAUAGUAACAUUGUUAUAUUAAAAGCUGUUUCUGUUAAGAUCUGUGGCAGUGGCUUUCUCUGAUGUUGACUCUGAAUGUGUCAUGUAUCCUCUGCAUUAAACUCCUUCCAUCUGAAUACACAAAGUGGUUUCUGAUUUUCGGGUUAGAAACUGACUGACAAACUGCUGUCUGCCUGCUUUUAACCUGGGCCUUAAAAUUUUCUGCAGAAUCCUUUCACAGUCCACAGCCCCACUUUGUAUUUUAUUAACUUUCAGUAAAGGGGAACUUGGUUCAAGAAUCAUAGAAGUUGUUUAAAGCCAAGAUUCGAAAGUGAAUCCAAAUUGGGAAAGAUAAAAAUCUCCCCUCAAGUUCCUGGCCUUAGUAAAGGGUUUUUAUUUAAUUAUGUAUUAUAUUUAUUUGUAUAUAUAUGGCACACAGCCAUCCUCCCCAUUUUGUUUGAGUUGGUCUCUUAUCUAUCAAGUUCAUUUCCUUUCCACAAAACAAUAUCUGGGAUAUAAGAGGUUAGCUAUUUGCUAAUAGUUAAGACAUCUUGGGGUCAUUUCAAUUCAGUAUUUUUAAUUUUUCAUUCCCAAGUCAUUUAAAUAACUAAGAAGUUAUUUCUUAGACCUGUCCUCUGAAUAUACCUUUAAAACAAACAAACAAACAAAAAAUCGAAAACCUCAGUGAGCACAAAUCGUGAAGUUCCUAGGUUCCAGCUUCUUCCUUUUUCAGAUUUUUUUCCUUUAAAAACAAAGAUUGACUCAAGCAUGUAACAGCAGAAAUACUGUGAUAGCAACACACACACAGUUUUAGCUACUUCUAUGGGAAGUGUUACAUUUCCCAGUUCCCAGUUCCAUUCUAAUGGAAAGUUUUCUAGUUUAUCUUGUCUGGAAACUGGCUGAUUGACAUCCAGUGGGGCUUUGAGGGGCAUCUUAAAGGUCUUCUAUAUCCCCAGCUCCUCAGCUCCCUCUGAAGCUGACUACCCCUUGUCAUGGUUAGUGCAUUUAGGAGAAGCCAGGGAUCUACCCCUGAACACACUAACCCUUGGCUAAGACCACUGUCCACUGUGCCUAAGCAGUCAGGCAAACAGGACAGUGAACAAAACACCAUGGCCAGAACAUCUUCACAAAACAUGGCCUUGAUGACCCAAUGGCCUCAUGCCACUUACUGUGGAGGCCUCCACCUGGGGAUCUUGCCUUUCCAACAUUCUUUAGCCAGUCCCACAACUGAAGUAUUUCAAGCAUAUGCCCAUUGGUAAGGUUGGUUCUUCAUUAAUUAACCGGGUAUUCAAAAUCUUAUCAGAAGCAAAAUGGUAGAGGGGCAGAGAAGAAGCAAAUUCAGCACAUCAUAGUGAAGCUGUCCUUGGCGCUGAGAGUUCUUAGCGGGAUAGGAUCCAACCAGAUCUGGAACAUUUAUUUCUUGUCCGCACACAACCAUUUUAUUAUAACUUUUAUUUUAGGCUCAGAGGUACAUAUGUAGGUUUAUUAUAUUGGUAAACUAUGUGUCAUGGGGGUUGAUGUUCAGAUUAUUUCAUCACCCAGGUAAUAAGCCUAAUAAUACCCAAUAGGUAUGUUUUCUGAUACUCUUCCUCCUCCUGCUCUCCACCCUCAAGUAGGCCCCAGUGUCUGUUCCCCUCUUUGUGUCCAUAUAUUCUCAUUGUUCGCUCCUACUUGUGAGAAUAUACAGUAUUUGGCUUUCUUUUGCUUUAUUAGUUCACUUAGGAUAAUGGCCUCCAGCUCCACUCAUGUUGCUCCAAAGGACAUGAUCUCCUUUUUAUGGCUGCAUAGUAUUCCAUGAACACAACCAUUUUAAACUAAGGGAUUAAGUGACUUUUAUGAAAGAAACUAACUAGUCUGUGCAUUUACGCUUCAAGGAAUUCAUACAAACAGGCUGUCAUGGUUCCUGAACCAGCCUCAGUAUCACCAGGGCAGCAUGUGAGAGGAAGUUGAGGCAGCACCCUGGCACUGUUUUUAGCCACUGCUCUAUACCAGGCCUUUAUGUGAAUGCUUUCCCUUCUAAACAUAUGUUUUUGAUUUUUUAACCAAAGCAAUCUUACUAUAUGUGACAUUGGCACCUUUGCAUUUAGACAGUGACCCACCUUUCUGUAAAAGUCCACACACAUCUUUCUGCAUUCUUUCUAAGGGCUUCCUAGUAAGUACAUUGUAUAGAUAUACCAUACUUUACCUGACCCCCUAAGGAUAAAUGUUUUGGUGGUUUUCAGUUUUUGUUAGUAUCAACAAUGCUGCAAUAAAAUACAUUUUUCUACCGACAGAUAGAUUUCUAAAGGCAGAAUUGCUGAGUCAAGAUUUGUAUAAAUUUUUGCUAGAUACUAGAAAAUUGCCCUCCAAAAAUAUUGUAACAGUUUAUACUUUUCAUUUUUUUUGAGACAGAGUCACUCUGUCAACUAGGCUGGAGUACAGUGGCUCCAUCUUGGCUCACUGCAACCUCCACCUCCUGGGUUCAAGUGAUUCCUCUGCCUCAGCCUCCUGAGGAGCUGGGAUUACAGGUGCCUGCCAUCACGCCUGGCUAAUUUUUUUUUUUUUUUUGUAUUUUUAGUAGAGAUGGGAUUUCACCAUGUUGGUUAGGCUGGUCUUGAACUCCUGACCUUGUGAUCCGCCCACCUUAGCCUCCCAAAGUGCUGGGAUUACAGGAGUGAGCCACCAUGCCCAGCCAGUUUAUACUUUUGACAAUAGUAUAUGAUGUUUCUCCACAUCUUCAUUAACACUAGGUAUUAUCAACAUUUUUCACCUUUUACCAAACUGACAGUUGACAAAUGCUGGGGUUUUUUUUUGUAUGUGGUUUUUUUAUUUUUAUUUUUAUUUUGAAACAAUCUAAACUUACCAAAAAAGAAGUAUAGUAUAAAACUUUUUUUUCUGAACCAUUUGAGAUUAAGCCACUGACAUGAUGCCCUAUCACCUCAGAAUACUUUUGAGUGUGUAUUUCUACAGGAACCCCCUGCAUCAUCAGCAUACAAUUGUGAAAAUUAGGGAAUCAACAUCGAUUCAUUACUACUACUUAAUGCUCAGACCCAAGUUUCUUUCAUUGUCCCAAUGUCCUUUAGAGCAAAGAUUUUAGUUUAGAAUUGUUCAUUGUUAAUUAGUGUUUGCAUCUUUUUUAGUAAUCUUCAAUCUAGAAUAGUGCCUCAGCCCUUUCUCAACUUCCAUGACUUUUCAAAAUUACAAGCCCUACUCACCUCGCUUGGGCACUGAAACCCUAACUCCCUGCAUUGCAUGGUCCCCUCUUCACCUUGCUUGGGUGCUGAGACCCAUGCCAGGCCAUGCUCCACCACCACAUGGGCCUCCUUGACCCCCUCCUCACCCUGCUUGGGCUCCAACACCUAGCUUUGGGACACUGAAGCUCUGUCCCCCCACAACGGAAUCCUAUCUUGGUUGGUUUUGUAUAACGGAAGCUUAAUUGUUUAGGAAGGGAAGGAAUUCUUUUUUUCAUCUCAGUAGAAAUUUAAGAUUUUCUAUACAUAGGUCCAGUUAAGUUUAUUUCUAGCUUCAAUAAAUGUUUGAAGGAGAGUAAAUAUCCUCAACUUUACAUCAAGUUCAUUGGCAAAUGUAAGGUUUUUUUCUUGAGGGAAGCUUUAACAAAGCCCAAGAACAUGACCUUGUGCUUGGUGAAGGAGCACCAACUGAUAGAGGAGGCUCAGAGGAGAGUGGCUGUCCCUUCUCAUGAGCACUAUCCCAAGAAUUCCUUUGAGAGAAGUCAGACAUUUGACAAAAAUUGAAAAGCUGACUGUUGGAGAUUAUAUUUCUUCUUGAGGGCCUGGAUUAUGAUUUUCUGUUAUGUAGUCUUUUCCCCAAAGCAGAUUCAUCCCAGAAGAGUCUCCGGGGAAGAUUCCAGUAAAUUGAACACUUAAUAAUCAUAAAUUUCAAUAGGGAAAAUUGUUGUGCAUUCCAGAGCCUCUGAAUUAACAUACCUUUUCGCUAAAAUCCUUUACAUCCCAGUAGAUAAUCUCUGCUAAAAGUUAACUCUGAUUAGGAGUUUCCCUUCAAUGGCUAGCCUAAAAAACAGCUGUUUUUACCUGCCUGCUUUCCCCACCCUCACCACCAGCACCUGUCAUUCAGCUUCUUCCUACUCAGUGUGAGGUGCCACACAAUUCAGUUGUUGCUCACAGUCAAAGCUUACAGCUCAAGAGUUCAAGUAAGUGGACCUUUAAUGCAAAACAAACCCACAAAACAGAAGAAAUUUGAUCGAUAAACAUGGUGCCAAUGAUGAUAUCGCACACAGUGAAUAAGCCAUUGUAUAGAAAAGCAGAAAAUAGAAGAUGAGGGGGAGGACACACGGAGAGUCACUGCUGUUGGAUUCAUCUUCAAAGAUGGGCCCCACAGUGGUCUUGUUUCAUGGCCCUCAGCCACUCACCAAUGCUUUGCAAGCUGUUUCAUGCUUAUUAAAUUAAUUCUUUAUCCAGUUGAUGGCCUAAAAUAGAAAAUAGAGACUGGGAUAAGCCUGAGUUAGCAGGAGCUUUUAUCUCCUUUGGGAAUCAGACAGUAGGUGGCAGGACUAUGACUGUGGACACAAAGACCUGGCUCUCAGGUGGCCAUACGUGUACUGCAGAAAAAUGUGUUUAUAGCUAUUCAAAUUCAUUUCUUGGAGACUCUCAUUUGAUAGCUCAGGAAUGUUAUGCAAUGUUAAUAAGUAUAGCUUUUUUAAUCAACUUGAAUAAAAUGUAUUGUUAUAGGAAAUUAGUGGCUGUGGCAGUCCCGACUCAUUGCCUCUGCAAAGAGUAGCCAUAUAUCUGCAACCCACCUCUGUUGUCACUAUCCAGCCCCAGUGGCUCUCGAAUGACAAGACAGAACUCUUUUUAAGGCAGCAUGGCCCUUACCUCAGUUUACAUUUUCAUUAAAAGACUGGUUUAGGCAUGUAGGCUGCUUUGUGGCUUGACCUCUCAUGUGGGUUCACUUGUGCCCCCUAAAAAUAGAUGUUCAAGUCCUAACCCCUAGUACAUGCAAAUGUGACCUUAUUCGGAAAUUGCAUCUUUACAAAUGUAAUCAAGUUAAAAUGAGGUCACACUGGAUUUGAGGGGCCCUGAAUCUAGAGACUUGUCCUUAUGAGGAGUGAGAGAUUUAGAGACACACCAUGUGAGGUAGGGAUUGGAGGUAGGUAGGGAUUGGAAAAGAAUGCCAGAGAUUGCUAGGAGCCACCAGAAGCUGAAAGAGGCAAGAAAGGAUUUGCCUCUAAGCCUUCAGAGGGAGAUGGCCCUGCUAACAACUUGAUUUCCAGCUUCUAUAUUCCAAGUCUGUGAGAAAAUUAAUUUCUGUUACUUAGGCGUCUCAGUUUGUAGAAUAGUCAUGAGUCACUUAACAACGGGGAUACAUUCUGGGAAAUGCAUCAUUAGGCCAUUGUGUGAACAUCAUAGAAUGCACACUCACAAACCUAGCUAGGAGAGCCUACUACACAGCUAGGUUGCUUGGUAUGGCCUGCUGCUGUGGGGCUGCCAACCAGUACAGCAUGUGACUAUACUCUGAAUACUGUAGGCAACUGUAACACAGUAAAUACUGUGUAUCUAAACAUAGAAAAAGUACAGUAAAAAUAAUGGUGUUAGGCUAGGUGUGGUGGCUCACACCUGUAAUCCCAGCACUUUGGGAGGCCCAGGCAGGUGGACCACAAGGUCAGGGGUUCGAGACCACCCUGGCCAACCUGGUGAAACCACCCCCCCAUCUCUACUAAAAAUACAAAAAUUAGCCAGGCAUGGUGGCGGGCACCCGUAGUUCCAGCUACUUGGGAAGCUGAGGCAGGAGAAUCGCUUGAAUCUGGGAGACAAAGGUUGCAGUGAGCCAAGAUCAUGCCUCUGCACUCCAGCCUCAACAACAGAGGGAGACUCUGUCUCAAUAAUAAUAAUAAUGGUGUUAUAAUUUUAUGGACUACUGUCAAAUAUGCAGUCCACCGCUAACUGAAAUGUUAUGUAGUAUGUGACUACUUUGUUACAGCCACCCCAGGAAAUUAAUACAGGCUGUAAGAGCCAAACAACCUUGAUUUUUCUUUUUUUUAGAAUUUCAAAUAAAGUUGCAUACUGCACUUGAAAUUGGGGUGAGAACAUCAAUUUGGUAAUAGAACUGUCACAUAAAUUAUCAGCUCAGUUGAAACUGGCUGAGGAAAACUGUACAUGAAGUUUAUUGUUGAAAACAUUUAUUUCUUCAAAUUCUAAUAAGUAUUAACCAUUUCAGGUGGUUUGUAUGUGCUAGGUUUUACUUAUGUUAACUCAUUUUUACCUUACAACAAUUAUCUUGGUGAGAAACUUUUAUCCACAUUUUACAGAGGAAGAAAAUUGAUGAAGAGCAAAGUCAUAGUUAUUAAAUGUCAGGGUCAGUCCUACACCCAGGGCAGUCUGCCUGCAGUGCAGAACUUCUGGUGGCCACACUCUGCCACCAAAAGAGCAGGGCAAAUCCCAUUCUCUAUGAAGAAACGCUUUUUGGAGAUGCCAGAGAUGUCAUUUAUGCCUUAGUUCUCACCUGUGUCUGAUGGAGUUGAGGACAAAUGUCCUCCAUGAAACAGCUGUAAAUGUUAACAGGUGUAUUAGUAAAGUUUCUCCAGAGAGACAGAACUAAUAGGAGAGAAAGGUGGAUGAGAGGGGAUUUAUUAUUGGAAUUGGCUCAUACAAAUACGGAGGCUGAGAAGCCUCACGAUAUGUCUUAUGCAAGCUGGAGAAUCAGAGAAGCUGGUGGCAUGGCCCAAUCCCAGUUGGAAGGCCUGAGAAACAAGUAAGCACAUGGUGUAACUAAGUUCAAGGCUAAAGGCUUGAGAUCCCCAGAGGACCACUGGUGCAAGUGUUAGAGUCCAAAGGCCAAAGAUCCUCGAGUUCUGUGGUCCAAGGGCAUGAGAGAAGGGUGUCACAGCUCUGAAAGACAGAAUGUACUCUUCUUCCACCUUUUUGUUCCAUCUGAGCCCUCAGGUGAUUAUGUAGUGCCUGCCUACAUUGAGGGUUGAUCUUCCCUACUCAGUCUACCGAGUAGGUCUCAAGCCUUUAUCCUGGAACUUGGUUACACCACGUGCUUCCUUAUUUCUCCAGCCUUCCAACUUAGACCAAGCUGUGCUACCAUUUCUUUCUUAUAGUUCUGAAGGCUGGCAAGUCCAAGAUCAAAGUGCAGGCAGAUCUGGUGUCUGAGGAGGGCCCACCUGCUUCUGGUUUACAAAUGGCAGUCUUUGUGUGGUAGUCUCACAUGACAGAGAGUAGAAAGAAAGCUCUUUUUAUAAUGCCACUGCCAUGAUCUGAAUGUAUCCCCGGAAAUUCAACCACACAACAGUCUCCUCCAAAAACACAGUCCUUCCCAGAAACAGUGUUUCCCCAGCCAUCUAGGCAUCUCUCAAUACUGUCAAGUUGACACCUAAAACUAUCACAGGGACACUCUACAAGUAACUGGUAAACCCACCAGAAGAUCAGGGUCCAGAUGCAAAAAGCUUGGGGUCUCUUGGUUGGGCUGCUAUAACAAAUUAUCAUAGACUGGGUGGCUUAAACAACACAUAUUUCUUUCUUACAGUUCUGAAGGCUGGCAAGUUCAAGAUCAAGGUGCAGGCACAUCUGGUGUCUGAUGAGGGCCCACCUGCUUUCUGACUUGCAUAUGGCAGUGUUCUUGUGGUUUACACACAUGGCAGAGAGCAAGCUCUUGUGUCUCUUUUUAUAAGGCCGCUGCAAUAGUCUGAAUGUGUCUCCCAAGAUUCAUAUGUUAGAAACUUGAUCCCCACCAGCUGUUUGGAGGCUGAGAUGGGAGGAUUGCUUGAGCUCAGGAGUUUGAGGCUGCAGUGAGCUAUGAUCAUGCCAUUAUACUCCAGCCUAGGCAACAGAACAAGGCCCCAUCAGUCAGUCAGUCAGUCAACACAUAAAUAAGUUUAUCCAUCUAAUCCCAAUGCAAUAGCUGUGAAAGAACAAAUAUUUGUUCUUUAUAAAUUACCCAGUCUCAGAUAUUCUAUUAUAGCAGCACAAAAUGGACUAACAGCCACUAAUCCCACUCAUGAGGGCCCUACCCUCAUGACCUAUUUACCUCCCAAAGUUCACCCCUCCUAAUACCAUCACAAUGGGGUUAAGAUCUCAACAUAGAAACUUUGUGGGGAGACAAACAUUCAGUUCAUAACAUAGAGUGUCUUAGCUUGGGCUGCUAUAACAAAUACCAAGCCAUAGAGUGGUGGAGAAAUUUAUUUCUCGGCUCUGGGAGUUGGAAGUCUGAGGUCAUGGUGCCAGCAUGGUGAGGUUAUACUGAGGGUCCUCUCACAAGUUGCAGAUGGCUGCCUUCUUAUUGUAUCCUCACAUGGCAGAAAAUCAGCAAGCUAGCUCUCUGUUCUCUUAGGCAGUAAUUCCAUUCAUGAGGGCUCCACUCUCAUGACCUAAUUACCUCCCAAAGGCCCCACCUCCAAAUACUAUCACAUUGGGAAAUAUAUUUCAACAUAUUAAUUUUGGGGUGACAGUCCAUUCACAACAUGGAAUGAACCGUGAGACUGCUGACCAGAACAUGGAAAAUGCAGCCUUAUAAGCAGUCGCUGUGCUGGAGCCUGGCUGAUUGCCAGACACAACAACCAAACCCUCACCCUGACCCCCAACCCCAGCCACGCUGGAAUCUGAACGGAGAGGCCACCCUUUCCUUGCAGGACCAGCUUCUAGAAUAGCAGUUCUCAAACUUGAGCAAAUGUCAGAAUCAUCUGAAGGGCUUGCUAAAACACAGACUUCUGGGCCCUAGAGUUCCUUCUGUCUGGGUGGCUGAGAAGUUGUUUGGUUACAAGUUCCUGGGUGAUGCAGAUUCUGUGUGUCUGGAGAUAACAUUUUGAGAACUGCUGUUUCAGAAGUUCUCCACAUUAAAGUCUACUAGUCCUGACUGGUACCAAAAGGGUCAUGAGGUGGUGAGUGCACAAGAUACAAAGUGAAAACACUGUCUUAGAAUUUAAAAUAAUACUUCCUAAUACAAAUAGGUAGUUUUUUGUUAAUGGAAUUAUCAACCAUGGCUGUAUUUAUUUCUUAUUGCUGCUGUAACAGAUUACCAUAAUUUGGUGACUUAAAACAAUGUAAAUUUAUUAACGUGGAGUUUGGGAUAUCAGAAAUCAGAAAUCCAAGCCCAGGUGCAGUGGCUCAUGCCUGUAAUCUCAGAACUUUGGGAGAACAAAGCAGGAGGAUGCUUGAGCACAGGAGUUUGAGACCAGCCUGGGCAAUGUAGUGAAACCCCCCAUCUCUACAAAAAAUGCAAAAAUUAGCAGGGCAUGGUGGCGCACGCCUGUAGUCUCAGCUACCUGGGAGGCUGAGGUGGAAGGAUCACUUGAGUCCAGGAAGGUUGAGGCUGCAGUGAGCCAUGAUUACACCACUGCAUUACAACCUGGGUGACAGUACAAGGCUGUCUCAAAGAAAAAAAGAAAUUAGAAAUGAGUCUCAUUGGGUUAAAAUCAAGGAGUCAGCAAGAGUUGUGUUUUUUGUUUUGUUUUGUUUUUGAGAUGCAGUCUCGCUCUGUCGCCCAGGCUGGAGUGCAAUGGUGCGAUCUCAGCUCACUGCAACUUCUGCCUCCAAGGUUCAAGCAAUUCUCCUACCUCAGCCUCCUGAGUAGCUGUAAUCACAGGCAUGCACCACCAUGCCUAGCUAAUUUUUUUUAAUAGAGACAGGGUUUCACCAUGUUGGUGACGCUGGUCUUGAACUCCUGACCUCAGGUCAUCUGCCCACCUCGGCCUCCCAAACUGCUGGGAUUACAGGCAUGAGCCACCACACCUGGCCAAGGAGUUGUGUUUUUAUGGAGGUUCUAGAAGGAAAUACAUUCCUAGUCUUUUCCAGAGACUGUCUACAUCCCUUGACUUAUCCCCCAACUCCCAUCUUCAAAGCCAGCAGUGGCUGGUCAAGCCUUUUUCAUACUGCAUCACCCUGAAACUGAUUCUCUUGCCUUCUUCAUUCACCUACAAGGACCCUUGUGAUUACAUUGGGCCCUCUGGGAUAAUCCAGAAUGACAUUCCAAGAUUUUAAACAUCUGUAAAGUUCCUUCUGCCAUGCAAUACCUGUUCACAGGUUCCAGAUAGUAGGAGGUAGACAUCUUUGGGAGGACAUUAUUCUGGAUACCACAGUGGUGAAAACCACUAGCUACCUGCUAGACUCUACUUCCCUAUCUGUGGGCACAUAACUAGACCACACUUUCCAGCCUUCUUUGCAUUUGGGUGAGGCUGGGUGACUAAGGUCUCUCCAAAGGAAGGUGAGCAUAACUAUGUUACUGCCAUGUUAGGUCCAUGAGAAUGUCCUCUGCAUGCUCCUCCAUUCUCUUUUCCCAUUGUUAGGAACUUAGGGGAUGGCAGAGCCUAGGUGCCUAUCUUACUUUGUUUUCUGUUGCUUGUAAUAGAAUACCUGAAACUGGACAGUUUAUAAAGAAAAGGAAUUUAGUUCUUACAGCUCCGGAGGCUGACAAGUCCAAGGUCAAUGGGUCGCAUCUGGUGAGCACCUUCUUGCUGGUGGGGACUCUCUACAGUCUUGGGGUGUACAGGGCAUCAUAUGGUGAGGGGCUCAGUGUGCUAGCUCAGGUCUCUCUUUCUCUUCUUAUGAAGCCACCAGUCCAAAUCUUGUGAUAACACAUUAAUCCAUUAAUGCCUGAAUGGAUUAAUCCAUUCAUGAGGAUAGAGCCCUCAUGACCCAGUGAUCAUCUCUUAAAAGCCCAUUUCUCAAUACUGCCACAUUGAUAAGUUUCAGGAUGAAUUUUGGAGGCGACAGACAUCAAACCAAACAGUGCCAGAAUGACCAAAAAGGAAGGAACCACCCGCUGACCUGAACACUCAUCCUGGACAGUCAAGUGAGCAAGAAUUAGAUUUUGGGAAGAUAGAGGUUAUACUGUGGAACCUUUGCAUUUGGGUUCUGCUUGUUAUGGUAUUUAGUUGAUCUUAACUAAUAUAUAAACAAGCAUAUUUCUUCAGAGGCUACGUUGACUCCCAAUAUUCAUUUCUCAGAAGACCUAACCUUGUACUGCCCUAGCAAGAUUGAGGUCAUCUGAGAUAAGGAACCACAAUUUUUUCCUCUCCGCUUCAAUAAUGUAUUGGCAACAGGUUCAGGGCAGGUACAACACUGAGACCUGCAGACGCCUGCUUCCUUUGUCCCUUUGGGCAUACUUUCUUUCUCACUGCCUUUUGUAAGGUCCCAUCCUUCAACUCUACUGCUCUCACUGGCUUCGCCAUAGGGCCCCUUAGCUUCCACUUUCAAACUUGCCGGGCUUGGCCCGAGUGUUGUCAGGCUUCCCUUCACUCUGUUAUACCAUCCACUGAUCCUCUAUUGCUCUGUGUCCUUCACUGUCAAACUUCUUGAAAGGGUAGCUGACCUCUGUCCCCACUUUUGCUGCCUCCAGUCCUCUUACCACUAUGGACUCAAGUUUCUACUUUUGCUUAUUCAGGGAGGCUCAGGAAAUAGGAACAGGGAAGCCAUGAGAUCUCCCCAAACUCUGCAGUAACAGAGUCAACAAGACAAUGGCUUAAGGAGAGACCAGUCCGGGCACAGUGGCUCAUGCCUGUAAUCCCAGCACUUUGGACACCCAGGCAGGCAAAUCAUGAGGUCAAGAGAUCGAGACCAUCCUGGCCAACAUGGUGAAACCUCAUCUCUACUAAAAAUACAAAAAUAAGCUGGGCAUGGUAGCACGUACCUGUAGUCCCAGCGACUCGGGAGGCUGAGGCAGGAGAAUCUCUUGAACUAAUAAGACAGAGGUUGCAGCCAAGAUGGUCCCACUGCACUCCACCCUGGUGACAGAGCAAGAUUGUCUUAAAAAGAAGAAGAAGAAAAAAAAAUGGAGAGACCAGCUGAUCAGUCACACAAGUUGUUCCACAAUACCCUUGUGUCAGAAAGGGAGGCUGAAUACCAGGACCGCUGGCCCCACUUUGAGCCCCUUCACUAUGAGUACACUUCAGAGGGCUCUGGCAGGGUGAGGGAGACUUGGUGGUGUCAUGGAGAGUAAAGGUCUAGCAAAUCCAUUGUGAAGACAUUUCAUGGGGACAACCCAGUGACUUCACUUGAAGCAAAGUAGGAUUUUUCCAACCUUGA